AGCGUGAACUGCGAACCUCGGCCGAGAAGCGGACCGCAUGUGUUUUCAUUUUCUGUCUUUUGCGGCUUCGGUGCACGCACCACAUUCCUGCGCUGAUUGUUUCUUAAAGUUUAAAAGCCGCUAUUUUAACAUUUAAACAGUUGAAUUAUUGUUAAACUUUUUACUUUGAAGUCGACCGGUAUUACCAAGAUAAUUCAGUGCCAGUGCUGUAAGUAAAAAGUGUUGGGGAAAACCUCGUCCGCCUGCUGUAAAUAAACAUGGGAAAACCAGGCUUCUCCCCCCGAGGAGGUGGUAGUGGUGGCCGUGGAGGCGGUGGUGGUAGAGGAGGAUUUGGCGGUGGUCGAGGGGGAGGUGGCGGUCGCGGCGGUUUCGGUGGUGGUGGCCGUGGAGGCGGUGGAGGUGGCCGGGGUGGAUUUGGUGGCCGUGGUGGAGGUGGAGGUCGUGGAGGAGGCGGCCGUGGUGGUCGUGGAGGUGGUGGUGGCCGUGGGGGAGCAGGAGGAGCCAAGAAGGGAGGUUUCAAGGGAGGAAAAACGGUAGUUAUCGAACCGCAUCGUCAUGAGGGAGUGUUUAUUGCCCGGGGAAAGGAAGAUGCGCUGGUUACGCUGAAUCUGGUGCCUGGCUCGGAAGUUUACGGCGAGAAGCGGAUUUCGGUUGAGACUGACGGGGAUAAAAAAGAAUAUCGCGUCUGGAAUCCCUUCCGGUCCAAGCUGGCUGCUGCUGUCUUGGGAGGAGUCGACAAAAUUCACAUGCCCCCUGGUUCCAAGGUAUUAUAUCUGGGUGCUGCCUCGGGAACGACGGUUUCACACGUUUCGGAUAUUGUCGGUCCUGAAGGAUUGGUCUAUGCCGUUGAAUUUUCACAUCGUUCCGGUCGAGAUCUAAUCAACGUAGCCAAAAAGCGGACCAACAUCAUUCCCAUUAUUGAAGACGCUCGUCAUCCACACAAAUACCGUAUGCUGGUCGGAUUGGUCGAUACGGUAUUUGCCGACGUUGCUCAGCCCGAUCAAGCCCGUAUUGUUGCCUUGAACUCGCAUCAGUUCCUUCGAAACGGUGGCCAUUUCGUGAUUUCCAUCAAGGCUUCCUGCAUAGACUCGACAGCCGUACCGGAAGCUGUGUUUGCAUCUGAGGUGAAAAAACUGCAGGCCGAAAAACUGAAACCACAAGAACAAAUCACACUGGAACCAUACGAGCGAGACCACGCGGUCGUUGUCGGAGUUUACAGACCACCGCCAAAGAGUGCAACCUAAUCGCGAUAAGUUUUAGUUUUAUAAGAUUUUUUUUCUUUUUUAAUCUUACGCUACAGUAGCAUUUCCCGUUCUACUGGUUAUAGUUGAUCCUUACACAUGGAAGGGACAUUUCAAAAAAUAAAAACAAACAUAAUUGCAUAGAGAGUUUAUGAAGAUAACAACAGAAUAGAAUGUGACAUCCGUAUGCUAAUAAAACAGUAAUAAAGUUAUAUUACAGACACAA